CGGAAAGAGCAAGAUGGGUCACCAGCAACUCUACUGGAGCCACCCGAGGAAGUUUGGCCAGGGCUCUCGUUCUUGCCGCGUCUGUUCAAACCGGCACGGUCUGAUUCGGAAAUACUGCCUCAACAUGUGCCGCCAGUGUUUCCGUCAGUACGCCAAGUAUAUAGGCUUCACUAAGUUGGAUUAAGUGAACUUUCUUGAAUGGGUCAUCCAAGAUACCUACCUUAACUGCAGAUGUCCAAGAUACCUACUUCAAUGCCGACUCAUUGUACAUAAAAUAAAAAUACUCCAAUUAUGAGUGUUUUAA